AUGGCCUCCCGCAUCCAGAUCCCGAUCGAAAUGCUGACGUCGCGGCUCCAGCUUGGAGACCGCUUCAACAGCGUGCGGUCGACGUCGCUGGCCACGCGCUUCUCGAACCUGCGUCCGCUCUCUGAAUUCUUCGAUGUCAAGCGCCUGUCGAAGCCUCAGAACUUUGCCGACAUGCAGUCCCGCGUCAACUACAACCUAGGCUACUUCUCCAGCAACUACGCUGUCGUUUUUGUCAUGCUCUGCAUCUACACCUUGCUCACCAACUGGUGGCUGCUGUUCGACAUUAUCUUUGUUGCCGCCGGCAUGUUCCUCAUUGGCAAGCUCGACGGCCGCGAUCUCGAGAUUGGCACCAUGCGCGCCACCACCUCGCAGCUGUACACCGGUCUCUACAUCAUUGCCAUCCCUGUCGGUCUCAUCUCGUCGCCCUUUACUACCAUCGCCUGGCUCGUCGGUGCCAGCGGUGUUGUCAUCAUUGGCCACGCGUCGAUGAUGGACAAGCCCAUCGAUGAGGCUUUUUCUGGGGAGGUGGUCUAG